UUCCAUUGAGAAAAUGACUGAAUUGGCUGCUGAUAAAUUGUUGGUAAACUUUGGUGCAGAAAUUCUCAAACUUAUCCCGGGCCGGGUGUCGGUUCAAGUAGAUGCAAAACUUUCUUUUGACACUGAUGCAACAAUCGCCAAGGCCAGGCAUCUUAUUUCACUUUUCAAGGAAAUUGGUAUUGAUAAGUCACGAGUAAUGAUCAAGAUUGCAUCAACAUGGGAAGGAAUUCAAGCUGCUAAGAUACUUGAAAAGGAUCGAAUCCAAUGUAAUAUGACUCUAAUUUUCUCCUUUGUUCAGGCUGUUGCAUGUGCAGAAGCGGGUGUGACAAUAAUCUCUCCAUAUGCCGGUAGAAUUCUCGAUUGGUAUACAAAAAAUACCAAUAAAACCUACAAUUCUUCGGAAGAUCCUGGUGAAAUUGAAGAAUUGGCCGGCUGCGAUUUCUUGACAAUCAGUCCUAAAUUAUUGAAUAAGUUGCAAACCUCUUAUAAAAAGAUUGAAAGAAAAUUGAGUCCUGAUUCUGCGCAUCAAAAUUUGGAAUCAAAAACUACUUACGAUGAGAAAACUUUCAAAUGGAAUUUGAAUGAAGACGCAAUGGCAACUGAAAAACUUUCUGAAGGUAUUAGACAAUUUGCCCAAGACGGUAGAACUAUAAUGUACAUGUUAAGGCAGCGCUUGAUUGGUGAAGCCGCUGUGGUUCAUGAAGGAAUUGAAUUGUUUAUUAGACCUUUUCAGGAGGUUGAAGUGUCUAAAUUGUAUUUGACCUAA